AGGGCUGGGGAGGGCGGUUUUGUUCGGAGGAAGUUGGCAGUUCAAUCUUCAAAUACAAGUGACGCAGAACCCGACACCCCCCACCAACCUGUCCUCCUCCUUCCCCUGGGGAACAGACGAGGAGCAGCCACGUCGCCCCCCGGCUCCACACGUGGGAGAAGCACCCUGCCCAUGGGCCUCUGCCGGUCACCGCCGACCCUGCUGUACCUGCUAGGGACACUGGUAUCUUCCUGUCAUGGAGGACCCCAGCAGACCCUCUCAGGACCCGUCAAGGACGUCAUUAACUCUGGCUCCCUAUGUCAGGUACGACUGGAGAUCAAGCUCAAUCAUACAAAGAGUGUUUUUUGCCUGAAAGAGCAGAAGGAGCAGCCCCUGACUGAGCUGCACAGCAAGCUGGGCUCCUUGAGGACACCCAAAGAGAUGGCCUGCUCUUUCUUCAAUCCUUCUGUUCUGGACCUGACCAGAAAUGUCUCCUUGAAAGAGCUGAAAGUGGCCUGCCACGAAGCAGUUACCAAAGUCACUCCGCCCACCCAGCGGCCCCCUGUGACCUCACCUGAGCCCACUGGCCCUUCAAGGUUCCUGCUGGUGGAGGGGAAGGAGAGACUCCGAUGUGCAGGAGUGAUUGAGCUCUACAGGGGACGUAUGGGAGGGAGCAUCUGCUUCGACCCCAAAACCUGGACCGAUGCCCUGGGCGACAAGAUCUGCCGGGAAUUGAACUGCGGCACUUUCCUGGAACUUCUGGACCAGCCAGCGGAGAAGACAGACUGGGGGAAUACCGAGGGCCUGAAGCCCUUGCCCAUCCUCUGGGAGGUCGGGAACCAAAAUGGAACCUCGUUGGACCAAGUCUUCACCAAGCAGAAGAGCUGUAGGCAAAACAAAACCAUUUCCCUUGUCUGCUCUGAUUUCCAGCCAAAGGUGAAAAGCAGACUGAAGGGUGGAAGCAAUCCCUGCCAGGGCAUCGUGGAGGUAUACUUUGAGGGUCAGUGGAAAGCCUUGUGUGGAAAAAGAAAGAACUGGGAAGAGGUGUGCCAUGAGCAGCACUGUGGGAGCCUAAUCUCGGAGGAGGACGUAUUUCAAAAAUCAACAUCUGUUACAUCCAGCAUGCUCCACUGCAAAUAUGGGAACCUGUCUAGUUGCUACACAUUCUUGCCAGGAGACCGGCUCUGCAAAGGCACAAUGAUUGAGUGCCAGGAUCUAAAUGCAGCUGGACCCGGGGCAGGGACCGUGAUGAGCAUCAUUCUGACCUUCAUCCUCGUGGCGAUCCUUGUAGUGACGUGUGGGCCUGUGGCCUACAAGAAACUAGAAAAGAAAUUCCGCCAGAAGAAGCAGCGCCAGUGGAUCGGUCCAACGGGAGUGAACCAGAACGUGUCUUUCCAUCGCAACCACACGGUAACCAUCCGGUCCCAAGUGGAGAAUCCUGGAGCCUCAAACGUGGAGAAUGAAUACAGCCAGCCUCCCAGGCAUUCCCGCCUCUCGGCUUACCCAGCUCUAGAAGGAGCCCUGGACCGGACUUCCCACCCGCCAGAUAACUCCUCCGACAGCGACUAUGACCUCCAUGGGGCCCAGAGGCUGUGACAGGCCGGAAUGGGAACGAGCCAGGGGUCUUCUGGCACAAGACACAUCUUCCUGAGAACCUUCUGCACUCAUCACCUUGACGAGAUUUCCCCAUUUCACUUCCAGCUGUGACGGGUCAGAAGCAAGGUCGCCACUACCGAGUCUCAUCCCCCACGUCCCCUAGACCGCGGCUCCAUCCCCACCUCGUCCCUACCCCCCAAACCCAACCUGGGGAAACCCUCUCCUCCCUACAGUUCUAGCAGUGCUGCCCUUUUCAUGUGUGAGAUGCAGGGCCCGGUCCGCAGCCCCCUCCAGGAACACAGAGCCGUGCUCCCUGCCUCCGGCCCACAGUGACCCCACCUGUACUCCGUGGCCAGGGCCUGGAAGGGGCCGCCUCCCCAGCCCCCCCCCCAACCCCAGCUCCCUGCUCCGAUGGAGUUCAGGGAUGAAUUCACACUCAUGUCCCUGGAUGAGAAUGUCUGUCAUGUUUUGUGUAAAUAAUGCUUUCUACACAACCUAAGGAGUCUGAGCCUUCCCUGAGAUUCCAUCUCGGAGAUCCGAGACACAGGGAGGCACCGUGAGCAGAGAAAAGUGGGCCCAUUUGUCGUGUGAGCGCGGGCGCAGGUGCAGGCGAGUCUGAGACAGGGACAGAGGGCAGAGACAGGGACUAGCCCCCGCUGGUGCAGCACGGAGGGCACAUGGCCCACCCAGGGGCACGUGGGGCACCCAGAGCACAUGGCACACCUGGGGCAUGUGGCCCAUCUGGAGCACGUGGCGCACCCAGGGCAUGUAGCCCAUCCAGGGGCACAUGGCAGCACCCGGGGCUCUUGGCACACCCAGGGCACAUGGCAGCACCCGGGGCACAUGGCGCACCCGGGGCAUGUGGCGCACCCAGGGCAUGUGGCGCACCCAGGGCCGCCAGCCAACCCUCCUCCGCCUUGUGAGAUCUCGGGCCGUGGGCACAAGUGUCAGCCAAAGGCAAGCCCACCCAGGCCGAGCUCUCACAGGGCCAGGCACUCCACAGGGGCUCAGCAAGCCUUUCAGCUUACAACCCUGAGGCCAGCUCAGGGGUCAGUGUUAGCACCCCAUGCGUGAAAUGCC